GAUACACGUAAGUGAGGAAAGGAGUGGAGUCAGCAGGAGAGCUAUUAGCCUCGAAAAUAGGCUAAAACGAGCCAAAAUGUCUAUUCUGAUCAUGUAAUCUUAGAAAAAAAUAUCAAAAUAUGAAGUUAUAAGGCGACAACUGCUCAAGCGCGUUCAGGACGAUCACCUGGAAGUUAAGCAGUUCAUUGCACACCUUGGGAGUAUUUGACAUUUCAUUCCACGUGUUUGAUUGGCUACAAGCUGAGGGCAAGUACGCAGAUUGGCAAGUUAUAACUUCUGUCAACUAUUUGAGGGACAGUUGGUCACAGAAUACCUGUCAAAUAAAAACUCCUCGGAAAUACUGAACCCUUUUUAAAAUUUUCUCAUCACCGAUUUGAUUUACAUGCGAUCCUAAGUACUGAACUCAGCUCAUCGUAAUAGACGCAUGCGGUUUCAUGAUAACGUAGAAAAUGCACCUGUAAAUUCGUAAUCAAUAUGGAACUCUGUUAAAAACAGAGCAAGCGCACAAGUGCAACUUAUCCACAUACAUACACAUAAGUGUACAGAAUUCACAUCUAUCUUUUCAAAAUUAGCAAUCAGUUCAAUAAAUCCAGUCGUGAUUUAAAAUAAAUUACUCGCAUAUCCUAGAGUAUUGUAUUUAACUGUUGGCAACUAUUUUACAUAGUAAAUUUAUAGUUGAGAAUAAAAUGACAAGCAACAAGUGCGUUAAAGCUCCGAGGAAGGCUUACAUUAAAGAGCCUCAGGAGAUGAGCCAUCAAGAGAAGUUAAGGCUCAUUGACGAUGAGUUAAAUUCAUUCUACAAGUAUUGUCAGCAAGCCGGAUUUACUGAAGAAGAGAUGGACAUCAUUUGCCAACCUCUUGUCGCCGCAAUGCGACGUUCCUGGCUCCAGUUAGUUCUUCGUGCAACAGUAAUUCUCGUAGUGAUUGGUACCAUCGCAUGUGCUGCAAUACAACUAGACUUCGUCGGCACUCAUUUCUCAGCAUUGUCUCGUCUCCUGGCGGUUAAAAUUCUCCCUUUCUGGAACUGGCAGCAUCUGUACCGCGAGAAUUGCAUGAUGACCAAUCCAUUCUAUAAUGAGUAUCCCAUCGCCGAGGUUGAUUGCGUCGUAAGCUAUCGAACUUGCGAAUCUGUUGAAACGAUUGAUCGACUCUCUGAUGUACGUUAUCGUCAGCUAGUCGACAAUUAUUUAAGCCGAGAUGCUCCUGCUAUCAUCACUGACGCUAUGGACUCUUGGGCUGCUAUGAACACCGAUUACUUCUGGUUCGAUAACAUCACGCAUCUCUACUUAGGCAACGAGCGUCUGAUGGAAACGGUACCCUGCUCACUGACAUCAAAUCUCCGAACCGGUUCAUCAGAUCUAGCGGCAUUUCUUCGUCGUGUUCAUUCACCAGAAGUUGCUAAAUGGUUUGUCCACUGGCAGAACUGUGACAUAAAUGCUGUAAAAGCUCUCAGGAAGUACUACCAGCGUCCUUACUUUCUCUCAAGUACCGUGUCCCCGGCGCACUUCAAUUGGGUUUUGAUGUCCUCGGAUUACAACAGUCCGAGCUACAAAAGAGUUGAGCUCGAUUCAGGUCUGAUAGCUCUAGCUCAGCUACGUGGUGCUACUCAACUACGACUUACUCCUAUUAAUCCCUGUAAUAGUUCUUGUCCAGAACUUAUUGCCGACUUACAUCGAGGAGAGAUGCUUGUGUUUACUAAUCUGAUGUGGAAUCUGGAAUACGCACCAAUGCGAGGACUAGAUAACAUCGCAAUCCUCACGGAAACUGUUUGGGACGAAGAUCCUUAACUAAAUUAUUAAUUCUAUCUCUCUAUUGGCUUAUUAAUAAAUUUAUGUCUCGACACUCUUUGAGAAAAAUAUUUAAUCAACUGCGUUAUUAUCAUUAA